AUGAAUAUCCCUAAACCACCUCAACCGGCUCCCGUAUGGAAUCACACCGCUACGGAGAUUGAGUCGAUCGUAAAGGAUACAAUCGAAAAGUCUCGAAAGGUCAUGAACCGAAUUGGAAGUCUAUCACCUGGAGAUUGUACUUUUGACUCAGUCGCACGUCCAUUAGCAGAUGAUGAUGCUGCAGUGGCCAAUGGAGAGAUGCUGACCUUUUAUCAAUACGUUUCUCCGGACGAAAGCGUCCGAAAUGCUGCAGUUGAAGCUGAUAAAUUACUCACGGAAUACGGUAUUGAAGUAUCAUCUAGAAUGGAUGUCUAUAAAGCUUUACUUGCUGCUCAAAAAGCUACAGACCUAUCAUCUUUAGAUCCUGAAAGUAAACGUUUAUUAGAUCGACUGAUCCUUGAGCGUACACGAUUCGGUCUUGAUUUAGAAGAAAAAGAUCGAUUACAGUUUGGUGAACUUAGGAAAGAAAUCAGUAAUCUCGCUAUAGAUUUCAGUAAGAACCAGAAUGAAGAAACCGGCAAGAUUUGGUUCACACCUGAAGAGCUUGAAGGCGUUCCCGAUGAUAUACUUUCAGGCUUCACCAAAUCAGAUGAUGGAAAAUUAGCCAUGACCUUCAAAACGCCGGAUUACGUACCUGUGAUCAAAUUUGCCAAGAAUCCUCUCACUCGCAAAAGAGCUUUCGAAGGUUACGAGAAUCGAACAGCGAUGAAUGUGCCUAUCAUGAAUAAGAUUCUUUCUCUUCGACGAGAGGCUGCUCAUAUUCUUAAAAAGGAUAAUUGGGCCUCUUACAUCCUGGAGCCUAAGAUGGCUUAUGAUGUUAAUGCAGUUAAUGAAUUUCUCAAAGACCUUCGUCACAAGAUUACGCCAAUUGCUCUCAAAGAGCGUGAUACUUUAUUAGAGUUGAAACGCAAAGAAGUUGAAGAGCUUAAAUUGAAAACUGAUCCAAACAAAUUAUACAUUUGGGACUUUAGGUAUUAUGAUCGACUUUAUGCUGAAAAGACUCUCGAUUUGAAAGAAGAUCUUGUCAAAGAAUAUUUCCCUGUAUCUGUAGUUGUCAAUGUGAUCCUUGAAACUUAUCAAUCAUUACUAUCAGUCAAAUUCUUUCAAGUCAAGGAUGCUAAAACCUGGUAUCCUAAUGCAUCUCAAUGGGCAGUUUGGGACGCAACAGCGAUUGAAGAUGGAAGUGCAAAUCAAGGCAAUGGCUUUUUAGGAUAUAUGCAUCUCGAUAUUGAACCUAGAGAAAACAAAUAUGGACAUGCUGCUGUCUGGGGUUUGAUCCCAGGAUAUUUAAAGGCCGAUGGCACUCGAAACUAUCCAGUGGCUGCAAUGGUUGCAAACCUGGCCAAGGAGACUCCUCAAAAGCCAGCGUUGUUAUCACACGACGAUGUUGUAACAUUCUUUCAUGAAAUGGGACAUGCAUUCCAUCAAUUGUGUAGCAAGACUAAAUAUGCAAGGUUCCACGGCACAGCUGUUGCAAGAGAUUUUGUUGAGGCUCCAUCCCAGAUGUUAGAAAAUUGGUGUUGGACUGAAUCUCAGUUAUCUAGAAUGUCACGACACUAUAAACGACCCGAUGAGAAACUUCCAAAAGAACUUAUCAAAAAGAUCAUCGCUAGUCGUGAUCUUAACUCUGGAUUGACCAAUCUACGUCAAUUGUUCUUUGGCAUGCUUGAUAUGCACGUACAUACUGCUCCAGAGGCUGAUGAAGAUCUUACUAAGACUUGGUGCGAGAUGAGAAAGGAGAUUUCAUUGGUCGAUGACGAGGGAGAGUAUACUCCAGGACAGUCGACCUUUGGACAUAUUGCAGGCGGUUACGACGCUGGUUACUACGGUUACCUUUACUCUCAAUCCUUCUCAGCUGAUAUGUUUGCUGAAAUCUUUGAAGCUGAUCCAAUGUCACCUAAAAGUGGACAUCAAUAUCGAAAAGAGAUUUUAGAACCAGGUGGAUCGAGAGAUGAGAUGGAUAGUUUAAAAGCUUUCUUAGGUAGAGAACCUAAUAAUGAAGCUUUUUUGAAACGUCUUUUAGGUCAUCAUAACAAAUAAGGAAUGAACUUUUUUGUUUUGGUCUUUUCUAAAAAAGGGUUUUUGUGAUGUUUUUGUUUUUGUUUGCAUUAAAUCAAGUUUGUUUUGUUUUGUUUUUUUGUUGGUAAUGAUCAUUGUUUUUAUUU